UGUGUUCCCUCGAAGACCCUCACCUUCAACUCUUCUAUUUAUGGCAUUUGUAAUUAGUCAUUUUAGUUGACUGUCCACUUUGGUUGAAUUGGAGGCGUGUGCUGUCGCAGUGGGAGCGCGCAGAGGAAGGGAGGGCAAUCUUGUCCGGACGCUAAUAAGACCCAAUGGCUGGUGCAAGGUGGCCAGGAGCGCUGAAACGCGACAGAAGACGGUGGAAGAAGGAGAAGAGAAGGAAAAAAACAAGAGAGCCAUUAGUGGAUGGACAAAGAGGAUGAGAGCGCCACAGCAGCGUCCGUAUGAACUGCAGGGAGCCUUUGGUGUGUGUCGUUCAAGGAAAUGCGUGAGGAGAGACGCGGCACCCUGAGCCACUGAACCCCUGGGAGCCCAACCCCUCCCUACCACCCGAUGAAGCAGUCCUGGUGGGCCCGCCUGGCACAGCUUGGCCUGCUCGCUGUGUGGACCUGCAUAUGGCUGGUCCAGGGAUGCGGACCAGGUCCAGGGUAUGGCAUCCGGCCCAGAUCCAGGAAGCUCACGGCUAUGCACUACAAGCAGUUCUUCCCCAACUUCUCUGAAAACAACCUGGGUGCCAGCGGGAGAGCAGAGGGCAAGAUCACACGCAACUCGGAGCGCUUCAAUGAGCUGGUGUGCAACUAUAAUCCAGACAUUGUGUUCAAGGAUGAGGAGAACACCAAUGCAGAUCGCUUCAUGACCAAGCGAUGUAAGGACUGUUUGAAUAGGCUGGCUAUAGCAGUGAUGAACCAGUGGCCUGGGGUGCACCUGCGUGUGACAGAGGCCUGGGACGAGGACGGUCACCACCCCACUGGGUCUCUGCACUAUGAAGGCCGGGCGGUGGAUAUAACCACAGAUGACAGAGAGACAGAGAAAUACGGUCUUCUGGCACAGCUGGCUGUGGAGGCUGGCUUUGACUGGGUGCACUAUGAGUCUAAAUAUCACAUCCACUGCUCAGUAAAAGCUGAUCACUCCGUAGCUGUGGAGAAGGGUGGCUGUUUCCCUGGCUGGGCCCAGGUGACCAUCGCUGGUGGAGUGCAAAAGAGCCUGUUUUCAGUGGCUCCUGGGGACAAAGUCAUGGCCUUGUCUGGGAUGGGCCAAGUCGUGUUUAGUCCAGUCCUCUUGUUUCUGCACCGGGACCAUGAAAGCUGGUCCACUUUUCUGUCUCUGGAGACAGAAGAUGGCCAUAGACUGACACUCACUCCUCACCAUUUGGUCUUUUUAAACAGCCACUGCAGACUGGACAGGAAUGAGUACCAGGCUCAGUUUGCAAGCAGAGCCAAAAUAGGAGGCUGUGUUCUCAUCCACACAGCCGAGGGUCAAGUACGUCCAUCUCGAAUCGUCUCAGUGUCAGUAGUGGAGAGUGUGGGAGUGUAUGCACCCUUGACAGAAGCUGGGACUGUGUUUGUUGAUGGAGUGCUGGCAUCCAGUUAUGCACUGAUGGAGGACCACAGACUUGCUCACUGGGCAUUUGGGUCUGUGCGACUCCUCUCUUCAUUCAACUGGCUCCUCUGGGGGGAGACAAUACAACAACAGCAGAGCACAGACAAUGAAGCAGAUUACACCAAGACUCUAUUGCAUUGUAGCACUUUGGACACAAAGGACAAAACAGGUAUCCAUAAUGGCAUUCUUAACAAGAGAGACAAUAUGAGUGAACCUCUAAGGAUGCAAAUAAAAGAGAAGCACUCUUUGCAAAGACAGACACAUGUGCACUGGUAUGCUAGAUUACUGUAUGCCUUUGGAUGCAUCUUUUUAGAUGUAUUUCAUCCUUAAAGUCUAUAACUUUAGAUCUACAUGUUGCACUAAUAAAUGUUACUACUCUGAUACACUUACACUGACACUUCAUGUUCUUUUCUUCAAUAAAUCCAAAGAACAGUGGAGGCUUA